AUAAGGGGCUGGCUGAGAGUCAGUGAGGCAGAGGAAGGAGCAUGGAGCAUCUCAGGAAGGCCCUACUGUUGGCCAGUGUGGCCACUCUCAUCCCCACGCAGGCUUUCCCUCUGUCCAGCCUGAGCUAUGAGCAGGCCCUUUCCACAGCCAUUCAUUUCUACAAUGAAGUACACAGAGGAGAGAAUGCCUUCCGACUUCUCCAAACCUACUCUCCUUCAUCCAAUAAGGACCCCCAAGAACAAACUCUGAAGCGUGUGAACUUUACCUUGAAGGAAACUGUGUGCCCAAUGACCGAGGAUCUUGUGCUAUACCAGUGUGACUUCAAAACUGAUGGGCUGGUGAAAGAAUGUCAAGGCUCACUAUCCAAUGAACAGGGCAUUGCUGCCAUCAUCCUCACCUGUGACCCAGUGGCCCCCGAGCCUUCUCGCUUCAGAAGAGCCCUGUUUCCCAGACGAAGGAAAGGUUCAAACAAACCUGGGAAAUACUCUGUGCUUUUUGCUGCAAAGCCCUCUGUAGGCAAGACCCCACAUAUACUGACUAUCUAGGCUCAAGCCAAUAUAACUUAAAGCCUGCUUUCUCCCUUAUAUUUGACUCUUUUUCAGUUUCCACUCCCCUUAAUGAUACACACAAAUAAACACACACACACACACACCCUUGUAUAAUCUAUAGGUAUAUAUUUUUCUGUGUGUGGUACACAUAUGUAAUACAAUGUUUGGGGUACAUAUAUAUAAUUUGCAUGGGGUGUAUAUACAUAUGACGUGUGUGUGUGUGUGUGUGUGUGUGUGUGUGCGUGCGUGCGCGUUCAGCCUGGUCUUCAAGACUUGAGCAUUUGUAUAAGAUUUUCUUCCUUGGUGGAGAAAACAUCUUGAUACUACAAACCUAUCCACGUGAAAGGUGGAAUUGGUAGAAUGGCUUUGGAGAAGAGAGAUUAUUCCUCCUUCCUGCUUGAAGGGAGGACACACAUUUCCUAAAUAUUCUUUUUAAAAAGUUCGGGGGGAGUGAGAGAGAGAGAGAGACAGACAGACAGACAGACAGACAGACUGACUUUGGAAGGCAGAUAUACAGGAGAAAGCUGGUUCCUUAAAUGUGUCCCAGAUUUCCAGGUUGCCUUCCUAGAAUCUUUAGGGAAUUGCCCCUUGGAUGAGAUUGCAGCAUUUCUUUCUUGGUUGAACUGAAACAUCUCAUGCUAACUGGGAGAGGUUGUUGAUUCUGUGCAUUUUCUGGCAUAUUCUAACUUACGUAACUUGCCUGAUUUCUGUUUGCUAUGUGCUUGGAUAAAUGGAUUUACUCAUUCUUCAA